AAGAACAGAACAUAAUUUUAUAAAGCUAAAUAUGGCGCGCGGUCAGGAAUACGUUAUCUUCAUAACAUUCAAAGUUUUCCAACUAAAACCGGGGCAACUGUAUUGUCCGUGGAAACAACGGAAUGCGCUACCUGUGCGAAAUAUGAAAUAUUAACUACGAGUCUACAGAGCUACAGAACUCCCUUCACCCUGUGACAGUGUGACAGCGCGGCGGGGGAGCGUUUGCUGAGAUUGCUACGACAGUAAAGACCGUACACUAGGGGCGGCGUUUCACCUCGCAGCUCUCCAAACAUCACUAAUCUUGGACUGACGCUCAGGUGGAGAGUCGACGGCUCACUGCCGCCGCUCAUUAAGAAGCAUAACAAAUAUAAGCAAGCCAAAAGGUGAAAAAACUGCAAGGGACCGUGCCACUGUGUAAACUGGAAAUUGUGAUGGAGAACGCAACAGCGAGAACGACUGGAUUGUCUUACUUUUAAAUCACGCUUCUCUUCAUCAGAUCCCAAGAUGUUCAGCUAGACUUUCCUUCGACAUGUAACCACUUCUUUCGAACUCCCGUGUUCGUGGAUAAAAAUAAAAAAUAAAAAGAAAUACAAAAGAAAAAUAUCCAAUAGAUCCUAUUCACAUGAACCAAGACUCGGACGUAGCUGAAACACAUCUGGGCUACCAAUUACUCGCGCUUUGAUAAGAUUUGGCCGCGCUGGUGUCCGAUGCUCAUACCCGUGUCCGCACAGUGUCCCUGAGGCUGAUCCUGGCCUCAGCCCUCUGGACCCGGAGCGAUGAAGCCCAGCCACGCCUCCGCCAGCCUGCGGCCACGCCCCAGUGCCCCACGAUGCAGGGACACCCCCCCAAACACCGGGUGGGGAGAGUAACCACCGCGAUGCAGGAUACGGGAACAUCGACUGCACUUCUAACCCCCUGGAUUGUCUCGGAGCCCCGGUUUGGGUGUAAAAGACGUCAGUGGUGAUUUAGUUUCAUUUUUUGCGUGGUCAGCCCUUCUGAGAUACGUCCUGGGGGAAUUGGCGGAAUUGCGCAGGGAGGGACCUCACGGAGGCUGACGAAGGCCCGUGGGCGGUCACGUGCGAGAGAGACACUCCCGAUGUUUCUGACGCCGCGUCGUUGGGCCUCUAUGACGGUUUCGCCACCCCGCUUUGCUGAGUGACCCCCCCCGCCUCCCCCUCUCCCUCCCCCGAGGCUCCGCCCCUGCCCAAUGGCAUGGGUCAAACUCUUCAAGAGGCCAGGGGGCGGGCUGGGGAAGACCUACCAGCCAGGAAGCAUGAUGUCACUGGCUCUCACCAAAGGCCUGCUGAACGAGCCCGGCCAGAACAGCUGCUUCCUCAACAGUGCCGUACAGUGUACCUGUUGCAGGUGCUCUGGCAGCUGGACAUCUUCAGACGGAGUCUGCGGCAGCUUCCGGGCCACUUCUGCCUGGGAGACGCCUGCAUCUUCUGCACUUUGAAGAGCAUCUUCACGCAGUUCCAGCACAGCCGGGAGAGGGCGCUGCCGUCCGACAGCCUGCGCCACGCCCUGGCCGAGACCUUCAAGGACGAGCAGCGCUUCCAGCUGGGCCUGAUGGAGGACGCGGCCGAGUGCUUCGAGAACAUCCUGGAGCGCAUUCACCUUCAUGUUGUGUCCAACGCCGAGGCAGAAGUCUGCACCUCCAGGUCCUGUAUCACCCACCAGAAGUUUGCUGUGGCACUAUAUGAACAGUGUGUGUGCCGCAGCUGUGGAGCUUCCUCUGAUCCCCUGCCUUUCACACAGUUAGUGCAUUAUGUCUCCACCACCGCCCUUUGCCAACAGGCAGACCGUGUGCUGGAGAAGAGCGAGAGGCACAGGUCCGAAACGUUUGCGGAGCUGCUCCAGGCAGCGAGCACCAUCGGGGACCUCCGAAACUGCCCGAGUAACUGCGGCGAGAGCAUCAAGAUUCGGCGGGUGCUCAUGAACUGUCCGGAGAUCCUGACCAUCGGCUUCGUCUGGGACGCCGAGCAGUCGGACCUCACCGAGGACGUCGUCCGGACGCUGGCCCCUCACCUCAACCUCUCCGGGCUCUUCUACAGGGUCAUGGAUGAGAAGGCGAAACGCAGUGAGCUGGUCCUGGUGGGAAUGAUCUGCUUUUCCAGCCGACACUACUGCACGUUUGCGUACCACACCAAGUCCGCCAAGUGGGUCCUGUUCGAUGACGCCACCGUCAAAGAGAUCGGGUCCAAGUGGAAAGAUGUGGCCUCCAAAUGCAUCCGAGGUCACUAUCAGCCCCUCCUCCUGUUCUAUUCGAACCCUGACGGGAGCGCUGUCUCCACGGAGGACGCCCCCAGACAGACCACCAUGUGGCCCCACUACAAGUCCCCGAUUAACGGAGAGACCACAGCUCCCGAUGGUCCGCUGUCUGGAUCAAAGAAGCCGGACAUGUCCAGAGAGACUGCGGGCGGCCUGACAGCCGGCCCGGGCGGCUUCAAACCCAAACUCCAGGGCCCCUCCGGCCAGGCCUUCAGCCGAACGGGCGGGCAGACCAGCGCUGGGCGGGGGCCAGCACCUCCCAGGGGACACCAGGAACCUUCAUCGAAAGCCAGCCCCGGUGACUCUAAAGGCAAGCCGAGGGAGGGCUCCAAAGAGCCACGUACCCCCCACCUCCCGAAAAAGGAGUCGGAGCGGGCGCAGAGGAGACAGGAGUCCCGACACAGAGAUGUGUCCGCGGAGAAGACGCACGCCCGCCCCGCCUCGCCCCCCGACCUCAGGGCGUACAGCAGCCCGGGGAAGGGCCAGCCCUGGAGCGACAGGACGUCCCACCAGAGCCGGCCGGCGCACGAGCCCCGCCCGGGCGCCAGCCCCCCGGGGGGGGGCCACGGGCGGCGGCAGGAGGCGGCGGGGAGCGCGGACGGGGACGGCGGGCAGGAGGCGCGGGAGAAGGGCCGCGGCAGGAGCCGGUCGUGGAGGCCCGUGCGGGAGGUGCUGAACGUGGACAGCGUGCUGAGCGAGCUGGAGCGGCGCCGCAGGGCCUCCGGCCAGGAGAGGGCGCCGCGCCGCGACCGGGAGCCCGCCAGGCCGCGCGACGAACGCAAGCAGAAGAGCCUCAUGACCAUCUACGAGGACGAGCAGCGGCUGGAGGGCGGCAGCCGCAGCUCGCUGGAGUCCGACGCCCGCGGCGGCCGGGACCAGGGCGGGGCCGGCCUCAAGCUGCGCGCCGACAACUGGACCAUCCAGCGCACCGAGUCCGGCUACGAGAGCAGCGACCGCCUCAGCAACGGCUCCACCAACCCGGACUCGCCCGUGGUGGAGAGCUUCAGCGCCAAGGAGCUGAGGCCCAGAGCCGAGGCACAGCAGCCCAGGAGCCCCCUCCGUCACUCCCGGGGUGAGGACUCCAAGGCCGACUCCCCGCGCCCCUCGUACUCCUACGGGGAUUAUCAGGCCAAAAUUAAAGGCAAGGAUGGCAUCGCUCAAGAUGCCCAUUUCCUCAAAUCCAGCCCGAGUUUAAGGAGGCGGUUCAGGCACCCCCACGGGGGCUCUGAUAGGAGGAACGGUGUGGACAGGGACCCCCCGGCCCUGGUGAGUGACAGGGGCUGCCGGACCGGGAGCCCCGCCCUGCAGCAGCAGGGUAAGACCAGCAGCUCGGAGUGGAACAGUUCAGACGACCUGGCGGGACCGUUCUCCGAGCAGGAGGACAGCGCGUACCGGUCCAGCAACAGCGAGACGGCCCCGCCCGAAUCCCCCGCCCCCCUGGAGUCCCCCGGGCCGGCCCCGCAGCCCCCCUGUCCCGGCCUCGCCUCGCCCCUGCCCCCCGCCAAAUACGCGCACAGGCACGGGGCCGGCUUCCGCCCCAGACUGCUCCAGGAGCCUUCGCAGACCAGCCCCCGCCCGUCCCACCCGCCCCACCCCGCCCGCGCCUACGCCGUCCUGCACAGGUGCGCGGGACACCCCCUGUCCCCCGACCCCGGCGGCAGGGGCGGCCCCGCCCACCACGGGAGGAGCGAUUCGUCCGCCAGCGAAUCGAGCGAGAGGUUCCCCAGCCCCAGGCCCAGCCCUGACCCGGAGGGCCCGGGAGAAGGGGUCGCGCUCACCACCUACUUCACUGUGGACAACUGCAUGACGGACACGUACCGCCUCAAAUACCACCACCAGCGGGUGGCGCCAGAGCCCAGGGACCGGGGUGAUCCGGGGGACGCCCCCGCGGACUCAGAGCACCUCAAACCCAGGCCUGACCCAGGCAGUAAGAGCAGUCAUCUGGCAGUCGGAGGGUUGCCGGUUCGAUCCCCCGCCCGGGCUGUGUCGAAGUGUCCCUGAGCAAGACACCUAACCCCCAAAUGCUCCUGACAAGCUGGUCGGUGCCUUGCAUGGCAGCCAUUUGCCAUCGGUGUGUGAGUGUGUGUAUGAAUAGGUGAAUGAGAAGCAUCAAUUGUACAGCGCUUUGGAUAAAGGCGCUAUAUAAAUGCCAACCAUUUACCAUUCACCAUUUAAUGCGUGUUAUGUCCGUUUGAUUCCAGGCUAUUCAACAAGUAAACCCACCGCAAAAUGGAAUCCAGUCACUCCGAAAGGUCUGGAUGAACACGGCUUUUUAUGAUGCAUUCUGCAGGCUGGUGUGAUAUGCAAAAACGUUAACUGUAUGGCAGAAGUGGAUUUUCCUUCGAAAAGGAUCCGUCCUUCACCUCAUUAAAAAUGAGGACAACUAUACCCAGAAAAUAAACUUGGGGAUUUAUUAACUACCUAGAGACUGUGAAGUAACUUCCAACUUCCAUUUUGGUUUGAGGUAAUUUCAGGUUGUGCCACCAGGGGGCAGGCUUUUGUUAUGGUUUUUGCACAGGGGUGAGCCAAAUAUAAAACAGAAGCCAUUAUUUUAUUAUUUUUGUCUGGAAAAAAUGUAAACAAAUGACUAUGGGUCCUGGAGCUAACAUGUAAAAUAAGUGUAAAAAUGACCCUUUAAACUGCACUUUCUCAGAUUUUUUUUAUGCAAAUAAUUUAUAAGAUAUGAAGGUUUACUCACGCACAUUGUAGCAUUAACACACUCAUGGACAAACUUUUCCUGAUACAAAAAAAAAAGAAACAUUUUUGCAUAGCAUAAAAAGUCAGGGAUUUUCUCCCACUCAAUUAUGAGUACUGCAAUUUGUUUCAUAUCUGGUAUUUAAUAGUUGUAGCAUGUACUGAAAUCCUGAUAUGUUUAUGUAGACAAGUGUUUGUUUUUUUUGUUUUUUUCAUUUUUGACGAUAUGCGAGACCUAUAAAAACGUGUGGGAAGGAGAUGUGUCUUUGAAACAGCUAAAAAAUGUAUUUUACUUGUCAACUGUGUUAUACAGUGGAUGAGUGGCAUGACAAAGUUUGCCAUGCGGUAAGAACUACACACUGUAAACUAAGAAAGAAAUUUAAACAAGCAUGUUUUCUGACAGAACAGAAACUUUUAGAAAGGAAUUGGCUCUUAGGUAGACGAUCAGGUUUGGAGAUGACCGUCUUUGAAAUCAUUUGGGGUUCCUUUUGCCACAGGAUUGAGGUGGACCCUUCUGUGCAGUGCAAAACGGUCAUCGUUCAUCCAGCCCAGGUCUUUCUGACUUCUUUGCCUUUAAUGCAUGCUAAAUUUUGAUUCUCUUUUGGUCUCUUUUCAGUUCAUGCAGCUGAGACCCAUCUAACAGUUAGGUGAAAUGCACUUUUUAACCAGUUUGAUUCCCAAUGAGAAUCACAAACUGAGUGGGAUUGGUUGAUGAUGUAUGUUAUGCAUACACUCUAGUGCAGGGGUCUCCAACCCUGGUCCUGGAGAGCUACUGGGUCUGCUGGUUUUUGUUUUCACUUUAAAAUCAGCACCUGUUGAGACCCAGGUAACCAGGUGAGGUGAGUUAAUUAAUUAAAUUAGAGCAGUUGAUUAUAGUUAAUUGCAGGGUAAGAACGAAAACCAGCAGACCCAGUAGCUCUCCGGGACCAGGGUUGGAGACCACUGCUCUAGUGCAUCUGUUGUUUUGUAUUCACGUUCCUGGAAUAGACUGAGGUGAUGUCAGUUAUACUACAGAAAUUAUAUAGGCCGACUACAGUUCUCAACCACAAGAUCCUGGCACUGCUGAGUCCGCUGACUUGCCUGCUAUUGAGUACAUAAGUGAACUACAAUGGAUGCGAAAGUUAAGUAGGCAAAUUUCUCUCAGUGUAGCGUACUGAAAAUCCCUGGAGGAUAUACUUCUUCCCAGGGCUUCGCUGAGGCCUACUAUACAACUUGUACACUAGUAGGCGAGUGAACUAUUUUGGACACAACCCUGGGUGCAUUCGGGAGCUCACAUUUCGGGAAGUAAACCACACGUUUUAGUAGGUCCCACAGAGGAAGAGAUGGAGCCAUCAUUGGGUCAAGAGGAAGGAAGCAGGGCUUUUUUCCUCCCAAGAGCGGGACGUCUUAUGACAUUUCAGCAGUAUCACCGGAACAUAGAAUGGAGGUUAUUUUUUAAUUGGCUACUGUCCAUCGCAUACUAAAAAAAAUGCACACUGGUAGAUAAUAUUUAGUAGACAACAUUUGCAUAGCUAGGAUAGCAAGGAGGCUGUUCCAGACACAACCCAAGUCCUUCAUCAGAGUGGUGAUCAGGAUUAAGCACCUAGCAGACGUGUAGCACAAUCAAAGCAAGCAUGGAGCAGAUCUCAGUAAAGACAGAACAGUGACUCAGUUGUGUGGGUAGUCAAUUAAGAAAUUCUAAAUCGACAAACUUUGAUAAACUUAAGACAGUCAUAUUUCAGCAUUAUGAAAUAAAUUCAAUCAAAAUCAUACGACAUGAAUUAUGUCUUAAAUGCCAAGAGGACCUGUAUUCAGUGAAAGAGAACGAGCUGGCGUUAUUAUUUAUUUCACAAUCUCUCCUGUCCUGUGUCAUUUUAAAUUCUUUUCCACCAUGGAUACAUUUUAUUAUUAUUUUUUUAACUUCAUUUUGCCAUCACCUUUUUUUUUAGUUGCAUGGAUAUUUUUGUAUAUGUAUGCUCAGCAGGUGCUGCUGUGGUGCCUUCUUCCAUGUAAAAUACAUGCCAUGAUUUGUCUGACGGGAAACAUAAAAAAAUACAUGUAUAUAUUUUGGAGAUACUUUUGUAAAAUUUAUUUUGUUUAAUAAACUUCAUUAUUCAA